ACACAACGCCCGCAGAGACUCUUGGUCAGGACACGUCGAAAUCCAAGAUGGCGUUCACGUUUUACAGCUUACUGGAAGCUUGCCUUCUUGUUGUAAACGCCAUGGCUAUUUUGCACGAAGAACGCUUUUUAUCAAAGAUUGGCUGGGGUUCUGACCAGUUAUCGGGGUUUGGAGAAGAAAAAGGAACAAAGCAUCAAAUUAUCAACUUAAUUCAUUCAGUUCGGACAGUUAUGAGAAUUCCUCUCAUCUUCCUUAAUUCAGUGACAAUUGUUUUACUACUGCUAAUGGGAUGACAGAACAAGCUCAAGCUAUAAAAAAAAUUAAACUAAGUCUACCUACAAAUACAAAGCAGGCAAUAAUGCUUCGGAACUCUGGAGUGAAUAUGGAUACUGCUGAGUACUACUGAGUACUACAAGAACUUUGUUUUUUAAUCAAGCUGGCUUGCUUCAAUUGUUUGUGUCUACUGUUUGGAGUCAAGUCUGUUUGCAGUAAACAGGCGUCCCCAGGAUUUCUUGGACAAGUGUCAACACGUAAAAUGUAUGUUUAGAAGUGGCUUUUAGAACCCGAAUUCCAUCCUUUUUUUAAAAAAAAAAUUCAGCCAAAGUUGAGAGAAGGGACAUGCCCAUAGGUAAAACCCUGGUUACACCGCACAUGCAUUUUUUUUCCUCAAAUGUAAGCUUACCAGAUAGCGUUAGAUUGUAUAGGGUGCCUUCUUGUGGAAGAUACUGUACUUUGUACUUGUGGAGAUACUGUAUUUAGCAACUGUGAUAUAUUUUAUAUUGUCCUAGUCAUUAAAGAAGGACCAGAUGACAAAA